AUGUAUUGGGAUACAAGCAUGAAGGUCAAUGUGUUUUGGGAAAACAUUUCACGAGACAGAUUUUUAGAAUUACGAACAAAUUUACACUUGGUGAACAAUCUGGAGAAGCCACCUGAAAACAAAGAUAAAUUUUACAAAUUCAGCCCAGUUUACACAGCCAUUCGAAAACGUUGCAGUGACCUUCCUACAGAAGAGAAUGUUUGUGUGGAUGAAGGAAUUAUUCCUUUCACUGGGAAGUUCGCUGCAAAGCAGUGUGUAAGGGGAAACCAAGUCCAUGGGGAAUCAAUGUCUUCAUGUUGUGUGGAAAGUGUCCUCCUGUUUCAAGUUCUGAAAUCUCAAGGCAUCAAUGCAGCAGGUACUGUCCGUCAGAACAGAUUUGGAAAGAACUUGCCUAUUUCAGAUGAUAAAACAAUAACGAAACAAGCCAGAGGUUACUGUGAAGAAAUCACUAGUGCUGAUGAAAUUACCAUGUGUAAGUGGUUAGACAAUAGGCCAAUUGUAUUGUGCUCAAUCUUUUUUGGUAAAGGCUCAAUGGAUGAAGUUGAGCUUUGGGACAAAAAGCACCAUAAAUAUGUGAAAGUAGAAAGACCUGAAAUCAUCUCGAAAAUGGCCUUGCGUAUGAUUCUUCACGGUGUUGACUUUGCCAUUGUGCAAAGUUGGUUGGAAAUACAGACGAGAUGCAGACAACCUGUCCAUCCCAAAGAAGAAGGAAAUGGACCUUCUUCAAUUCGUAUCAGGGCAGCAGAUGGAUUGAUACUGUGCCAAAAGAAAGUGACUGAAAAGAAGAGGGGGCAUCUGUAUGAAGAAGGACUGGCUUCAGACAUGAGAGUCACACUAAAGAAACAGAGGAGAAUUACGACCAGCUACAGAGAUACAGUUUGA